AUGAAGGGCCAAGAUAAGAGAGAGGGCCUUAAAACAGCCCUGGUAGAACAGCUGCUGUUAAUGACGUCAUGCGAUGUUCUGAUGGUCAGCAAAAGCGGUUUCAGCAUGGCUGCAGCCUACAUCAGAAUGGGACUCAUAGGUUUUAAAAAUAAUUUUUUAUUCAAAAAUGGCCAUGUGUCUGGAUGGAGUCUCUGGUAG